AUGGCCGACGACGGCGACAACGAGGCGCUGUCGGAGCAGGAACUACGUGAGGCCGAAGAGGAGGCUAUAUUAGAGGGCCCUGCACCACCUACUAAUGUUACCCUGAAUUGCAACGUUUCAUUUAUGGACAACUCGGAUAUCGCAGCGAAGUUUAGCGGCCAUAGUAAGAUCAAGACAGACGCGGGCAUUGCGGGCCUUGGAAUUUACAUCGCGCUACUUGUCCAAGUCUUCGGAAUUCUCUUCCUAGCUAUUAUCUUCGCCUUAUGGGAUAUUCGAGGCCAAAACAGACGUUCGCACUAUCAGCUGCUCUUUGCCUUCUCAGACAUACUCACAAUUCAAGACGUCGUAUACAUACUCAACUGUAUCCUGACUGGGAAUUGUGACUUGACGACCUAUCACUACUUCGUUGCGCUGGACUCCUUACUUAUCUUCUGCUCCACCAUGGUGCUAUUCUUCGUUACCUCAAGACAUCACUACUGGCAAACCCUCAGGGGGGCGGUCCGAUUCUUGGCCACUCUCACCGUCUUCUGCAUACUCAGCAUCUUCAUAGGUUACGAGACAUUCAGACAUUGGACAAGCGCUCUCCCGGACUGA